UUAGGUCCUCCCACAAAGAGCCGACCAACCCAUCUCUGCUGUGCUGGAUCAUAAUCAGUCCAGAGUUCACCUACCACUUAUUCGCUUACAGUCAAGCUUUUCACCUUCUCCGCUCAAUCACGCUCCCAAUGCGCUUUGCAGAAUAUCCCUCUCUGCGGAGAAAAGAGGGCCGUGGAUUGAUUUGUCCGACUGAGAAGUGAUGUGGAGCGGUGGGCUGCUGUGAGGUGUCAGACCUGAGCUCACAGCUUUCAUUCAAGCUCAACGGGAGACCAAAGAGGAGCAAAGAGCCAAUUGGGAGCCAGCUGAUUGGACGACACAUGGAAAAUAGAUGCAUCACUAAACAAGCCUGUUAUGUUGACGGUCGUGUCCUGAUAGGAGCAUGUCAAGAAGAAGCAGGUGUUUAUAUUUAACAAUCACCUUCUCCUCUAAAAACUGCCUGGUAAUUGUCAGCACCCUCACUGUUACGUGUCUGGAACAGUGAGGCCAUCCGUGUGGUGUAAUUUCUUGGAAGACUGUUAUUGACUGUGACUAAUCCUUUCUACGGGUAUUAUCAACUGUUUUAUGACUGGUUGAGUGAAAUGACUGAACAAGCUGUUGGGGAGCGUUAAGAGCGUCAGAAUGACCUGGACUGAGGACAGGAUGCUGAACUCUUCUGGUCCAGAGGGUCUGGUGGGGAACAGCAGCAGCGUGGAGCAGAUCCUCGUCCCCAUAAUGGAUUCACUCAUUUUGAUCCUGGGAGUUACUGGACACAGCUUAGUGAUGGUGAUCUUGUGUGGACGACAGAGGAGGGGGACGGGACGCACUGGACAAGCCCCCCAGAUGUCCACGAUGGGCACGGGAACGGACAUUCUGCUGCUGGCUCUGAGCGCUGCAGAUCUGCUUCUGCUCUCCACGAUUCCCUUCUAUACAGUCUCCAUCGCCAUGCAGAAGUGGCCGUUUGGGAACGUCAUGUGCCGUCUGGUGGGCUUCCUGGGAUCUGCCUGCUCGUCCGCCAGCGUCUUCACCCUGGCGGCGCUGGCUGUCUCUCGCUAUCUGACUGUGGUGAAACCCACCAGAGCAUACAGCCUGCUUACCCCUCGCAGGGUCUCCAUGAUCGCCGUCCUCAUCUGGGUCCCAGCCUGCUCCCUCGGAGCCCCCCAGUUGGCUUUCCGCUCCGUGGGACCCCCUCGACAAAUCACUGAUGGCCUCACCUGUUUUGCCUUCCUAUCUCAUGAGCAGCAGAUGAUUUACGGACUGUUUCACUUCCUCGUAGCCUUCCUGCUUCCACUGGUCACCAUCGCGGUGGCAUACGGCAGCAUCUACAUGUUCCUGUGGCGGGGCCAGCAAGCUGGCAGGGCACCCCAAGUCGAGCGCUAUCAAAGCAAAGUGACUCAGACGACAGCCAUGCUGGUACUGGCCUUUACUGUAUGCUGGCUGCCCUCAUAUGGACUAACGCUGACCUUACUGGCCAAUCCAAACUCGGGGGCUACUGGGGCCACGCCGCGUUAUGGCGCCUUUAGUGUGUUUGCUCGCCUAAUGGCAACCUCUUCGACAGUGAUGAACCCUAUCCUCUAUGUCCUGAUGUCCCAAAGGUUCAGACAGGAUCUGCUGAGGAUUUUCAAACGGGAACGGCAAAAUGUAAAGAACAAUGUGGUGUUGUCUGCUGUCUGACAGUAUUAUGUAACCAACUCACUGACUGGAGAACAAACUUUAUGCUGUAAGGCCUGUGAAUAAAAUGGCUGCCACUUGACAUCAAUGAUAGACUGGAACUGGAAAGCUAUGCCACUCGUGAACCGAUAUUGACCCUUGAGCCGCAUUAACGAUCUUAAAAUCUGCUUUGUGUCCAGAUGGUUUACAAGAACAGUAGGAAUUGUCCAUUCCUGGGAAAUAAAAGACAUAAAAAGGCUUGACUGUUUACAAACCAUGUAGCGGAUACAGCAAACCCACUAAAGAAAACUGACUGCAUGUUUAAGGUCGUAGUCUGUACAGCAACACAUUGCAGCUCGAACUAAAAGGCAUUUAUGGUCUGCAUUCAGAGGUACUUAGAUUAAAUCUUAGCAUUAAUAAUUUGCAAGAAAAAUAUGAAUGUAAUAAUUGUGUAGCAACUGAUGAUGAGCAAAAGCUGAUGAUUUAUGCCUUUGUAAAGUUCAACCUCAGAUCAGCAAAAAGCAUCAAAUCUAAAUUUAUUUCUAUUUCAAGUAAGAAAAUCAAUAAAAUUUGUUCAUUAAUGAAUGUUAUUUGUUGAUCAGGAGACCUGUCAGUAGCAAUACAAUGUAAUAAAUAAUAUUUCUGAGAUUUGUACUGUCAAACAGCACACCAUCUAGUUUAAUAUAGCACAGUAUGUGAUUUGUAUUAAAAGUACAAAUGAAAAGUUAUUCCUGUUCAUAUUCAGCCACGACUAAAGUGUAAAGUAGCCAUUUUGGGUUUUGACGUUGGGGUUGGUAGGAAUCCUCUGACGUGGACUCAGAAUCUAUUCAUUUCUCCAACUUUAAAUCUUGCAAAUGUACAUUUCAGAACAACAAUAGAACAUUAAAUUACACUCCCUCUUCUGACCAAUUAUAAGUGUUGAGUAACAAAUGAUGAAGCUUAUUUUCCUUUCUCCCAUUGUUUUAAACGAGUUUGUUCAAAUUGUGGUACUUGUCAAACUUUGGGUGUUACUUACUAUUAAAUGUUUGAGAGCCAGCAAUAUAGAUCAAAGCAUAGUCAUGUGUAAAUGACCUGGUUAAAGUCCAGACUUCAAUCUAGUUAAAAGCCUGUGGUAAAACAUAAAAAACGAUGAUUGUAGACAGCAUUUGUUAAAUCUGAACGCAUUAUUUGGUAAAGAAAUAGAAAUAAACAUGUAUUUAUUUUAUCUGUAGUGUAGAUUACAGAUAGGAGAACUGCAUUGCAGAAGACGAUCACAAGAUUUGCUGUGGGUGUGGAUGGUUUACGGGCGCAGUAGAAGAACCAAUUCUGAAUCACAUUCCUUGUUAAACAGAUUAAAGCAAAGCUACUUUGGUAAAACAUUAACACUGCACCUGUGUUUUGUUGUGCUCAGAUAAAGUAAAUGAAGGCCUAUUUGUUUCUGGACCUCCUGUCCAUUUUGUUCUCAAAGGAUAAAUAAAAAAAUAAUCCCCCUUUAUUUUGGGAUUGGCAA